GUUACCGAUGGUACGCCGUAGUUAAUUGACAAGCUUUCUUUUCUGGCUUAGUUCGGUCCCAAUUGAAUAAACUGUAAUUAUCAGAUGUAGAUUUAUUCAGAAGAUUCAAAAGCCAGCAGGGUAGCUUGAAAGCUUCGGUUCGAGAGACUAAAGGAAUGCUGAGCUUAUACGAGGCAUCUUAUUACGCAAAGGAAGGUGAGGUGACACUGGAUGAAGCCAUGGACUUCACCAGUAAACACCUCAGAAAUCUCCUAGACAAGGGAUCCAUUAAUGAUCCUCGUCUAAAGGAACGAGUGGCCCAUUCCUUGGAGCUUCCACUGAAUUGGAGGUUCGAAAGAUUACACACCAGGUGGUUCAUUGAACACUUCUCUCGUAGUAAAACUGAACACAUGAGCCCUCUACUGCUUGAUUUGGCCAAACUCGACUUCAACGCAGUGCAGGGCAUACACAAGGAUGAGCACAGCCGACUCUCAAGAUGGUGGAAAGAUCUUGGCCUCGCACAACAUCUGCCAUUUUUCAGAGACAGAUUGACCGCCAGCUUUCUGUGGACUGUUGGCUGUGCCUUCGAGCCACAGUUUGGGAGCUUUAGAGAGGUAGAAACAAAGUCAAAUUGCUUGAUCGCGAUGCUCGAUGACGUUUAUGAUGUCUACGGCAGCUUGGAGGAACUCGAACUUAUCACGGAUGCUAUCGAUAGGUGGGAUGUCAAUGCGAUCGAAAAGUUACCAGAUUACUUGAAGUUAUGUUUUCUGGCAGUUUUCAACACAGCAAAUGAUGCGGCCUACAGGAUAACAAAAGAGAAGGGCUUGCACAUACUUCCCUACCUAAAGAGAGCUUGGAGAGAUCUAUGCGAUGCCUUCUUAGUGGAAGCAAAAUGGUCCCAUCGGCGCUAUACACCCACGCUUCAAGAGUACUUGGACAACGCAUGGAUAUCAGCAUCAGGCCAUGUACUCCUCACUCAUGCAUAUUGCCUGAGCCCGUGCUUGACCAAAGAGGACUUGCAGAAUUUCAGCGGUUACCCAAAGUUACUACAGCACUCUUCUAUGAUUUUCCGACUCACUAAUGAUUUGGUUGACUCGGAAGGAAGCGGCGACGUCUCGUCUAUUCAUUGUGUGAUGCAGGAGAAAGGUGUGUCAGAGGCAGAGGCUCGUGGGAAAGUGAAGAGAAUGAUCAUGGAGAAUUGGAAAGCCAUGAACGGAGAUGGAGUUAAUUAUACCUGUCGCUUUGAGGAGGACUUCAAGAUUUGUGCGAUCAACCUCGCUCGAACAGCCCAAUUCUUUUACAGAAAUAAUAUAGAUCGAUUCAGCGAGGCCGAUGAAGAAACCAGGAAUGCAGAGACCUCCCUCCUGGCGGAACCCAUCAAUUAG